UCGGCGGGCGGAGGGACGCCGGUGCCCGCCCCCGUGGCGGCGGGGUGGCCGCCGAGCUGCGGCCGCGGCCCCGCACGGCCCGGCCGUGCCAUGGCGGUGCUGGGGCAGGGCGCUGCGGAGGGGAAGCCGGCGCUGCUGGUCAAAGUGGUGAUGGCCGGCGAGUCCUGCGUGGGGAAGACCUCCAUCGUGCGGAGGUACACGGAGCCCGGCGCGGCUCCCUCCUCCUACCUGGCCACGAUCGGCAUUGAUUUUAAAGUAAAGCCUAUAACGCUUAAUGAUACAAGAGUAAAACUUCAAAUAUGGGACACUGCUGGCCAGGAACGUUUCCAUACGCUUAGUACUAGCUAUUUUCGUGGAGCACAGGGCUUUGUGCUUGUAUAUGACAUCACAAAUAUGGACAGUUUUCAAGGCAUAACAAGCUGGAUGAAAGACAUCCAUGAGAAAGCGGGUGAUGAAGUGGACGUCAUACUGUUGGGCAACAAGUGCGAUAAGGAGUCUGAACGUGUAGUUCCAAAACGUAAAGGAGAAAAGCUUGCUUGGGAACAUGGGAUACCCUUUUUUGAAACCAGUGCCAAAGAUAACGUGAAUAUUGAUGAUGCAUUUACACUCUUGACUAAGGAGAUACUGGAAAAGAUGUCCUCAGAAUAUGCAUACUGUGAAGAGGCCACAUGCUGAUGGAAAGAGCAGGCCUUUUACGUUCAGCAAUCAAAUAUUUUAUCCAAAGAUCAUAGUUGUUUGUUUGGAUGAUUUACACUAGUGCUUAUGAAGAUCUCAGAACUUAAAGAUUUGAGUUAAUGAGUGGUAGAAUCAAUAUUGUAGCUGUCAGAGUUGGCAUCUCUAACCACUUAGAUUGUGUUGGCGUAAAGGUCCUUGCUACUCAGAGUUGCCAUACAAAACUCUUUUGUAGGACUGAAUUAUUGUUAAUUAGCUAUGAAAAUGUUUUGCAUCGCAAUUUAUUUUUAGACAGUAGAAUAUUAUUUUAGACAUUAAUGGAUGUUCUUCAUGCAAUGCAUUAUCAUUGCCAUUCAUCACCAAUAUUAGUUAUACAAAACUAGCCUUCCAUUCCGAAUACUCUUGAAGUCAUAAUAAAGAUAAAUGAGCAAAAUUACUGACAAA